AUGGUCAGCGGGGACCCAAGCGGGACCAACACAAGGAUGAAAGGAGGCAAGCGCGCACGGAUUAGGCAGGGGGCUCCAGGUCCAGAAUCUCGCUGGGGGGACGCACCGCUGUGCUGGCUCUAUGAUUGGCUCGCACCACCUGCAGCUAUUGCCUGGUGGGGCUCUAGGCCACCGCCAGCAGCCCAGUGCGCCGGACACCAAUUGAAUCCAACGUUGGCACCGGAAAUGCAGGUGGGCGGGCUGCGAGCCUACCGCACUCAGGGGCCGUUCGAGGCUGGCCAGAGAGGCGCGGGAGGCGAGUGGGAGACCGGCUUGAAGGCUUCCACGACUCCCUCUAAUGGCAAAUCUGACAUCUCUCUCUCGGGAUACUGUUAUAGGCUUCAUGUUGAUUUCCACGCUAUCGUGCUGAUCCCACCAUUCACGUUCGUCUCUGACCGCAUCAAAGACGGCAGGUACGCUCGAGCGGCCAUGGGGCCGUCCCAAGGACUCGAGCUUUAUUCAGCAUUUCUUGCCACAGCGGCUCUGCACAAGCAACCGUUCACCCGUUGCGCAAGUCCCAGGGAUCAGAACUUCCCUGGGACCUCUAGGACACUGCGCUGGAUCGAAUGGCCUUGCCUGGUUCCUUAG